CACACUGGACGUUCACAUACAGCGCCCAGUGCCCUAGGAAACAAGAGCUUCUUUAACAACUACAAAAAACUACAAACAACAACUGAGCUCACCACCCCCACUACCCGAAUAAAUAUCCCAAAAUGGAGGUACUAAUAGGAAUCACCGGCAAGGACUUCACCUUAAUCGCAGCUUCUAAAGCUGCGAUGCGGGGAGCAACCAUCCUUAAGGCCUCUGAUGACAAGACGAGAUCGCUCAACAAGCACACGCUAAUCGCCUUCUCUGGAGAAGCUGGCGAUACAAUCCAAUUCUCCGAGUAUAUCCAGGCGAAUGCCCAGCUUUAUUCGAUGCGGAACGAGACAGAUUUAUCCCCCACGGCGCUUGCACAUUACGUCCGCGGCGAGCUUGCGUCAAGCUUAAGAUCUAGAAAACCGUACAACGUCAACCUGCUACUAGGAGGCGUCGACCCCAUCACCCACAAGCCCAGCCUAUACUGGCUGGACUACCUUGCGGCUCUCGCAUCUGUCCCGUAUGCGGCGCACGGCUACGCACAAUACUACUGCCUCUCGAUCCUGGACAAGCACCACCACCCGGAUAUGACGUUUGUGCAAGGGCUUAAGGUGCUUGAGAUGUGCACAGACGAACUGAAGCGACGUUUACCUAUUGAUUUCAAGGGCAUGACGGUCAAGGCGGUUACGAAAGAUGGCAUUCGGGAGGUUGAGUUCAAGGAUGACAAGAUUGUUAAGAGCGCAUAAAGAAAGUGAUAUUAUCUACCUGGCAACCCAACGUGUAACAUUAGGAUCCCAGGCUGGGGGGUGAGAAACCGCACAACACAACACAGCCUGGUAGCCAAGUCCCAGGCCGGCCUAUCAAAAC